ACUUCGUCAUCCCAUGGAGUCGUCUUGACUCCAAUAAUUCUAAUCGUGCUAUCUGGAAGAGUGAUAAAGCUGUCUCAUCAAGUAAGAUCUUUGCUCUUGUGCUGAAAAACUUCGGAAGCGGGUUUUUUCGUCGGUGGAGUGCAGUUUCCUUUGGAAAGGCCUUUUUGAAUAUUUUAUUUUCAACUGUAGAAGACUUAAGCCGUGUGCUAGCUGGUGGUUAGCUUAAUCCGGGAUCCUAGCGGCUUGUUACUUGGACAGCGGAUUUCAACCUUCAUAUGUAAGACAAUCUUAUGAAUGGUGCCGGGUAAGAAUUUUUGGCCUUUCUCAAGAUUGGAGACCAAAAGUUUUCUCACCAUAGCACGUGGUGUAGGAGUACCUUUAUCAUUGGAUGGCUUCACGGGACGUCGUUCUUGCGGAAUGUUUGCAAGGGCUCUUGAGGAUCUUGAUAAUGAAGCAUGAUUUACCAUAUCAAAUACUGGUUGAAGGGGAAGAUUAGGCCUUCUUUGUUUCACUUGUGUAAGAGAGAUUCCCUGAAUUUCGCGAUAAAUGCCAAAUUAUUGGACACUGUUUCUUCUUGUCGUCAUGUUUUGCAGGAACGAAGUGGUCGUGAGCAUUCUGUAAAGAAGACCCAUGUUAUCUAGAAGUUCGAGAAAGAUAACGAGGGGUUGAUAGUAGGGUUGACAAUGAUAAUAACCUUGUUUUUCAUGUGGAGAAUGACAUUUCGCCACUUAUACUAAAAUCAACAGCUCUACUGUGGUUGUCACCGAUAAUCGCAAAGUAGACACACCUGUGGUUUUUAAGUAUUUCAAAAAAGCAGUCUUUCUUUCUCAGGGAAUUUCUGAGAGCGAGCAGAAUUCUUCCUAACGUUUUAGAAACUCCUCCAGUUUUCAAGCUGUCUUGAUGAUAGAUACUCUAGUUUGUAAGUUUAAUGCUGAAGUUUUCUAGGACCCGGAAAUAAUUCUGGAUGAUAAUCGUGAUGUAACUAACAUAGCAGAAAAUUCUCUUAUGCAUGUAUACUAAAUGAUAUGAAUGAGGUUUAGGUUUUGGGGUUGACAUGGUUGAGGAAGAUGGUGGUAACUUGCAGUGUAAUUCUUCAAAAGUGAUUAUAAGGGUCGACCCGAUAACUCAUCCUUUCAGAAGGAUUUAUCCAAAUGGCAGAAGACAAAAUUGAAGCAGAGAAGAGAAAAGCCACUUUACGCUAGCAGCAAGAUCCUUCGAGGGGGUUACGAAAUAACUCCUUUGACGAAGUUUCAGUUAUUGUGUUGGAAUGCUAGCGUUCUAGCAAAUUCCAACACUAGAAACGUGCUGAGCAUAAACUGGAUGUUCUGCUUAUUGCAGAACCUUGGAUGGAUCAUGCUAAAUUUCCUCCUAGGUUUUGGUCCUCCUUAUGAUAUAAAAACUUUGCGGUUAAUGGCAGGGUUCACUUAUUACCAAAUCUUUGGUGUUCCUGUAGUGUUGAAUUGUUUCCUAUUAUUAUAUUUCAAUUUGAGCAAAUGCCAUGUAGCUAAUAAAGUUUUACAUGUUAAGCAACCAUGGAAGGACCUAUCUGAUAAUUAUAAUGCUUUGGUUGGAUCCUUGAUUGUCCCUGGUUAUUAAAUGCAGUUUUGAGAAGAAUUUAUUGCAUGCGUAGAUGGUGUGGAAUAAUGGUCGGGUGGGGUCAUCGAGAAUUGAAAUGCGAUUGGACCGUGCUUUUGUAAUUCCGGAAUACUAGAGACUGUACUACUUUGAUAAGGAUGUGCGAAUGUUGUCAAAACUAUCUCCAAGAACACAUGUUGGCUGUCCUGUUUGUUCUUCAUCAGAGAAUCUUAAGGUUGCCCUCUCUAAGAGGAAUAGGGUGGUCUUUGGAAGUAUACAUGAGCGUGUGCGCACUGUUCAGUCUGAACUGGUGCAUAUUCGACAGAUAAGAUAUGGCCUAGAAGCCUUCUGGGCCAUGUGGCGCUGUCAUCAUAGGAUUCUUCCGGAACCUUUAAUCAAACUUUUACACGCAAAUGUACUGACAUAUAGAGAUAAGGUUUGUGAAGAAGUGGAAUGUGGGAAAGGAAGCUGCGUUGUGAACACAAGUUACCCAUUAAACUUCAUCUGUGAAUGCGAAUCUGGCUGGACGAGAACUCAAGAUGAAGAUGAUGAUAAAUUUGCCACUAGCUUUCUUCCAUGUGUCAUUCCCCAAUGUAGCUUGAACUAUGGUUGUCAACCAGCACCACCACCAGUUCCAGAGAAGAGUUUUCCACACAACUUAUCAGCUUUCGAUCCUUGCUAUUGGGCGUACUGUGGGGAAGGAAAAUGCGUCCAGAACAGGACACAUACAUACGCAUGUGAAUGCAGCCCCAAUUACUUCAAUCUUCUCAACAUCUCUGUUUUUCCUUGUUACAGUGAAUGUACUCUUGGAUCUGAUUGUUCAAAGCUUGGAAUAAAAGUUGCAGAUUCAACUGGCAAUCAAGAUAGCUCAGGUUCAUUGUUCAAAGGAAGGUUGGAUUGGAUGAUUAUGUUGUUGAUGUCGACGGGUAUGGUGAUGUUGAGCUAAGACCCAAAUGAUACAGAAAAUUAUUUUGGCCCAUAAUUGAUUUCAUUGUUCUUCAUCACUCAUUGGGUGGUGAUGACUAUUGUUGCUAUACUGUAUGAUAUACUGUAUGCACAUACAUACGUAGACAGCAUGUACAUUUGUCUUUUUGUACAAUAAAGGGAGUGAAAAUAUUUGAACUUUAGAGCUUCUGUAAACUACUUAAACUUCAUUGUCUGUGGAUUUUAUGUAGUUAAUACUA